CAUCAUAAAAAAAAAUACUUAUAGAGCCUUGAAUAUAGAGCCCUCCAUUGUCUGUAAUAUUCUAUCGGAACUCUAAAUGAGGCUCUACCCACUAUAUUUAGAGCCUCAACUAUUGGAGAUGGCCACCACCAAAUUGUAUAUUUUCCCAUACCUUGCAAUAAAAUAAAUGGGGCUCCAAUCUUAUGAACUCGCCCUCCUUGAACAUUUUCGCAUACCAUGCAAUAAAAUAAAAUAAUUAAGACCAAAACAAAAAACAAAAAAUUGAAAAAUAACAACCGACAGGCACGCAACCCACGUCACCUUCGUGGCCGGCGUUAGGUCUACUCCGUACACUCCCCAUCCAUUUCAUGUACCUGAGGAACAAACAAAAUGGUAAUAUACAACAUUGUUUUAGUGUGUAAAAUAUUGUUCUCAUCGUUCUCUCCUAGACUUUAUUACAACCGUUGACGUCUAUCUGCUCCAUUCAUUUUUAAAAUUAAUCCUAAUUAAUUCUUUUAAUAUUAAGAGUUUAAGACAAAAUGAAGGUGGAGACGUCAGUGCCUUGGUGGGAAUCUCUCUCCCCUCUCUCUCCCCUCUCUCUCCCCACCACCAAAUUGUAUAACGUAUAUAUGUUUGUUUAACCCAACAAGCAACGACCUUUCCCUUGCACUAAAAGCAAUAACCAACAAAACAAUUCAAGUCAUUUUUGUAAAUUGUAGCUUAGCUUUGCCCAAUCCUACACGACCCCCUUUCUUUCGGCCACGCUAUCCCAACCACCCCCAUCUCCACCAAACUUCCUCUUACCUUCCACGCCUCAUCAGUUUCUUUUCACAAAUUAAACCCUUUUUUUUUUUGCUUGUCUUUUGCAUUUCUGAUCGAACCCAUUUGGCUAAAUCGUUCAGAUUUAGCCUAUAUUCAUUGUAUGCAUGAUGAUCAGUCCCAUAUCCAUGGCUGGGUGGACAUCAAAUAACCCAAAGUUGAAUCCCAAAGCAGUGGAUGGGAAUGAAAUGUUGAAGGGUCUAAAUUUAACUCCUGUUUCUCACAAGUCUUCUGGUUUGGACCUCAUACAGAACUGCGAUCUUCCUCCUCCGAUGAAAGUCUUUACGGGUUCCGAUAACAAGACUGUUUUGUCAUCCAUGAACAGGGCUUGCAGCAUGAGUAUGACCCAAGAAGAUGAUAACAGGGAUGAAUUUGACAUGUGUGGAAACAGAGGUGACGGCGGCGAGAAUGAGAAGUUGGAGCUUUUGAAGGCGUUGAGGCUGUCGCAGACAAGAGCAAGAGAGGCAGAGAAGAAGGCUGAGAAAUUGGGAAAGGAGAAAGACUGCCUUUCUGAUGCUCUGCUUGCGGAGGCCAGGGAGUUGUUUGCGUAUAGGCAAUGGGUGAGGUUGCUUGAGCUUAAAGUUUCCAAGUUGGAGUCACAAUGGGCAGAGCAAGAGGAAGAGGGAUCUUUUUUGGGUGGCAGAUCAAAGGGUUUGGAGGAGCAGUCGGUGAAGGAAGGAGAUGAGGGUGAGAAUGGGGAUGGCAUUUCUUGGAUUGUAGCUUUGGCUCUUUGUUUUGGCAUUGCCGGGGUAGGCUUUGCAUUUGGCUGCAGAUAUUUAUGUUGAAAUUUCAUUUUUGUAAAAGGCCAUAGUGAAAGACAAAAAUAGAUGUAUACAUGAUCAUACCUGGUAAAUGAAUAGACAUUUCAAGCUUAAAAGCUGACUUGUAUCUGUAUAUUUCCAACUGCAGAGCAUAUGUUAAAGAAAUAUUCUGCAACUCUGCAACAUUGUGUUAUGGGGAAAAUAUAAAAAAUAAAGG